CUGCUGAUCGAGCAUCUGCACAAGAUUCAGGACCACUUCGGCUGCCUCGCGGCCCGCCAUCUCGCGGCGCUCGCGGCAGAGAUGCGCCUCGCCAUGGCGGAAGUCUAUGAGGUCGCGACCUUCUAUGCCCACUUCGACGUGGUGAUGGAAAGCGAGAGCCCGCCGCCGCCGCUGACGGUCCGGGUCUGCGACAGCCUCACGUGCGAAUGUUUCGGUGCGCCCGCGCUUUUGGGAGCGCUCCCCGACGCCCUAGGCGACAACGUUCGGGUGGUGCGGGCGCCCUGCAUGGGCCGCUGCGAGGAGGCGCCGGUGGUCGAGGUCGGCCAUCGCCACGUGACCCAGGCGACCGUGGAAUCGAUCCUCGCCUGCAUCAAGGGACCGGAUCACUCUCCCGUCAUUCCGCCCUACGUGGAUUUUGACGCCUAUGUCGCGGGCGGUGGCUACGAAACUCUCAAGGAGUGCCUGUCGGGCGCGCGGCAAGUCGACGACGUGAUCGCCGCUCUGGAAGACAGCGGCCUCAAGGGCAAAGGCGGCGCGGGCUUCCCGACCGGGCGCAAGUGGCGCUUCGUCCGCGCCGAGACCGGCCCCCGGCUGAUGGCCGUCAACGCGGACGAAGGCGAGCCCGGCACGAUCAAGGAUCGGGUCUAUAUGGAGCAGGACCCGCAUCGCUUCCUCGAAGGCACGUUGAUCGCCGGUUGGGCCGUCGAGGCUGCCGAAUGUUACAUCUACCUUCGCGACGAGUAUCCGGGCAUCCGCGAGGUGCUGCUGGAGGAGAUCGCGAAGCUCGACGCCGCAGGCCUGACCGCGCAGACGGCGCUCAUCCCUGCGCCGCGGCGCAGGCGCCUACAUCUGCGGCGAAGAGUCGGCCUUUGGAGCCGGCCAACCCUCAUCAACAACGUCGAGACCCUCCACUGGGUGCGAGACAUCUUGGAGCGAGGCCCCGACUGGUUCUCUGGCGAGGGCCGCAACGGGCGCUCGGGCUUUCAUAGCUUUUCGGUGUCGGGCCGGGUGAAGGAGCCGGGCGUCAAGCUCGCGCCGGCUGGCAUCACCAUGAACGAGCUGCUGGCGGAAUUUUGCGGUGGCAUGGCCGACGGGCACACCUUCCGCGCCUACCUGCCGGGCGGCGCCUCCGGCGGAAUCCUGCCCGCUUCGAUGGCCGACCUUCCGCUGGAUUUCGGCACCCUCGAGUCUCACGGCUGCUUCAUCGGCUCGGCCGCGGUCGUGGUGCUCUCCGACCAGGACGAUCUUAAGGGUGCUGCGCUCAACCUGAUGCGUUUCUUCGAAGACGAGAGCUGCGGGCAAUGCACGCCCUGCCGCGUCGGCUGCGAGAAGGCGGCGGUCCUGAUGAGCAAGGAUCGUUGGGAUGCGCCGCUAUUGCGCGAGCUGAGCACUGCCAUGGCCGACGCCUCGAUCUGCGGUCUCGGGCAGGCGGCGCCGAACCCGCUGCUGUCCAUCCUGCGCUAUUUCCCGGAGGAGCUCGCAUGA